UCAUAUCAUCACCUUCUGCCCAGGAAAAUAUAGCGGGAAAAGACGAGGAAAGCUCUCAGAAAUCGGGUCAAAAUCCGGAUCGUGUCUAGUCUCUCCUUUUUUUUUUUUUUUUUCCUUCUGGUCUUUGGCUAGGAGCGGUAGCGGCACGGCCAAAAAACGAAGACCCGAUUCCCCUCCAAUCCAAUCUCAGGAGGACCGGGCCAACGACUUCCCGGCUCGCUCCGUUCCGAUUCCCUUCCCUUUCUUCACGCGGAUUUUGGAAUUUCUCGAGACCACCGGGUCGCGCUCGCGUCCUAAAUUCCGCGCAAAAGCCGCCGAAUCGGGAGUCAAACCUUUGCUCCUCGCGAUUUCUCGGCUCUUCUUCUUCUUCUUCUUCUUUCUCCUCCUUCUCCGACUUCGAUUCCUCUCCUCCUCCUCGUCCGUCGGCAAAUCCUCGGUCCCUCUUUUCCGGUCCGGGGGAGCUCGCCGAUAUUCCCGAUGGGGACGCCGGAGUUUCCCGAUCUGGGGAAGCACUGCACCGUCGACGACUGCAAGCUGAUCGAUUUCCUCCCCUUCACUUGCGAUCGCUGCAAUCAGGUAUUCUGUCUGGAGCACCGGAGCUACAUCAAACAUCGAUGUCCAAAAGCUGACAAGAAAGAUGUUACAGUUGUUAUCUGUCCACUCUGCGCAAAAGGUGUCCGGCUUAAUCCCGAUGAAGACCCAAAUAUUACUUGGGAGUCCCACGUUAAUAUAGAGUGUGACCCCUCAAAUUAUGACAAAGUCACAAAGAAGAGAAAAUGCCCUGUACCUGGUUGCAGGGAGAUCCUCACAUUUUCAAACACAAUUAAGUGCAAAGACUGCACUCUGGAUCACUGCUUGAAGCACCGGUUUGGUCUAGACCACAAUUGUGCAGGUCCAAAAAAGCCAGACGCUACUUUCCCCUUUGUCAAUUUUUUGAACAGGAGCAAAAAGGAAGUGUCAAAAUCAAGUGGAUCUCCAGCAACAUCUUCCAAGUGGUCAGCGAGAUUUCUGAAUGCUGCUUCAACAGUUCGAGCCUCAACAGAAGCAGGCAUGGCAAAAUUGAGUAACGAAUUAAACCGAACAUUGCAAAUUGCGAAGGAUGGGGUGGGGCAGAGUGGCAGCAGCGUUAGCAGUGCUGGUAGUGGAAGUGGAAGUAGGCAGCUAGAGGAGUGCCCACAGUGUGGUGCAAAGUUUUCAUCCGUCACAUCUCUCAUAGAGCAUGUGGAAAAGGUCCACGAGAGCAGCGGUAACCGUGCCCCUGUUCGAAAGGUUACGAUUGACGUAUGCCCCAAGUGCAGUAGAGGAUUUCGUGAUCCCAUUUCUCUUGUGGAACAUGUUGAGAGGGAUCAUGGUGGUACUUCAACAGCUUAGCUAUACUUUGUGACGUUACAAAGGCAACAUGUCUAAUGAGAGAUCUUGGGAAGUUAUUCUUUUGUCAAAUUUUUAAAUUAUCAGCAAAUGUUCAGUUUGUGAAUGCGUCGGACCUAUUUGUCUGAGGCCUCAUUUGUGACUCUUCUGCAAGUGCACUGUUAAUUGUGAGGGGCCGUGCAAGAGGAAAGGUGGAGGAGUGGGAAAUUAGAUAGAAUUUUGAGCUUUUUGAUUGUGAACCACUCUCUGUUAGUUAUGCAAACAACUAUUUGAUGUGGCUUUCCCUUCA